AUGGCCACAACAAUCAACCGUUUGGAUUCCCAGAACCAAGGUAAAUUGCCAUCUCAGCCUGAAUUAAAUCCGAAGAACGUGAGUGUAAUGACCCUAAGGAGCGGGAAGGAAAUUCAAGGGCCUGAACCUGUGAUCCCUAAGGAUAAGGAUGAGAAAAAGAUCGAAAAUGAGCUUGAGAGGGAGGACAGCAAUGGUGCAGGUCAAAAGGUACUUCCAGACCCAGUAAUUACAGUUAAAACUAAUCCGCUUUCUUUUCCUAGCAGGUUAGAAAAAUCGAAAAAUCAGGAUAAGGAGAAGGAGAUCUUGGAGGUGUUUCGUAAGGUAGAGAUAAAUAUCCCCCUCUUAGACGCAAUCAAACAGGUACCAAAAUAUGUCAAGUUCCUAAGAGACCUGUGUGUCAACCGAAGGCGGUUAAGGGGAGAUGAAAGGGUCAUUGUUGGGGAGAAUGUGUCAGCGGUCCUGUUUACCCAAGUGCGGGGACCCAGCUCAAUUUUCUCUGUGAGUGCUAUUGACCCUGCGGUGCAGGAAGUAUUUGAAACUGUUGGCAGGGAUGAGUUGGAGGUGGUUUUGACCAAGCACCUCGAGUUGGAGACAGCUCUUGAGGUGGAGUGGAGUGAAGAUUUAAAAUGCACGAUAGGAGCAUUACACUCAUUGCCAACCUCCACAAAAAGGUACGAAGUUUCACCUAUGUUCAUUCCCGAACCUCACCAGAGGGUAUUGCCAUCGGUGGUGCAGGCGCCUAUUUUGGAGUUGAAACCCUUACCAGAGCAUCUGAAGUAUGCAUAUCUGGAUGACAACGAGACACUCCCGGUGAUUAUCUCAUCGGCACUGUCAAAAAUCCAGGAGGAGAAACUGAUUCGGGUCCUUAGAGAGUAUAAAGAGGCGAUAGGUUGGACAAUCGUAGACAUUAAGGGGAUCAGUCCAGCCAUCUGUAUGCACCGGAUUAGACUGGAAGAGGAUGCUAAACCUGUUCGGCAGGCUCAAAGGAGGCUCAAUCCCCUUAUGAUGGAAGUGGUGAAGAAAGAAAUUUUGAAAUUACUAUAUGUGGGGAUUAUUUUUGCAAUAUCAGAUAGUCCUUGGGUGAGCCCGGUCCAGAUAGUCCCGAAGAAGGCAGGAGUGACGGUGGAAGCCAACCAAACGGGUGAACUCGUGCCAGUGCGCAAAUCCACUGGAUGGAGGCAGUGUAUUGACUAUCGAUAUUUUCAGAUAGCGAUUGCACCAGAGGAUCAAGAGAAGACAACCUUCACGUGCCCGUUCGGGACCUUUGUUUAUAGACGAAUGCCAUUCGGAUUGUGCAAUGCACCUGCAACAUUCCAGAGGUGUAUGGGUAUUGAAGUUGACAGGGCGAAAAUAGAUAUUAUAUCUGCUUUGCCUUACCCCGCGAGUGUGCGGGAUGUACGUUCUUUUCUUGGACAUGCAGGUUUCUAUCGAAGGUUCAUCAAGAAUUUUUCAAAAAUUGGGGCCCCGUUGUUCCAACUCUUACAAAAGGAGGUGACCUUCGAAUUCAAUGACAAAUGUGAGAAAGCCUUCGUCAAAUUGAAAGAGUUGUUGACCUCACCCCCAAUCAUCCAGCCCCCUGACUGGAGUCUACCAUUUGAGAUCAUGUGCGAUGCCAGUGAUCAUGCUGUAGGGGCUGUGCUGGGGCAAAGAAUGGGAAAGGCAGCCCAUGUCAUCUACUAUGCGUCCCGAGCAUUGAACGGAGCUCAACUGAAUUACUCCACUACUGAGAAGGAGCUUCUAGCAGUAAUUUUUGCUUUAGAAAAAUUCAGGUUAUAUUUGUUAGGUGCUAAAGUAAUUGUAUUUUCUGAUCAUGCAGCAUUAAGGUACCUAAUGACCAAGAAGGAUGCCAAACCGAGGCUCAUCAGGUGGAUAUUGCUACUGCAGGAAUUUGACUUAGAGAUGAGGGAUAAAAAAGGCUCAGAGAAUCUAGUAACUGACCAUUUGAGUCACAUACCAGUUGGGGAGGAGAGCGAGCCGUUGAAAAAUGCAUUCCCUGAAGAGCAUUUAUUUUCCUUAAAUUCUCAAUUGCCUUGGUAUGCUGAUUUAGUCAAUUAUCUAGUAACGGGUAAUUUUCCUGCAGGUUAG